AAAUAAAUUCUGUUGGAUGCGUGUGCUGUAUUGCAUGCAAGUACUCUACUUUACCAUUAGAUGGCAUGAAAUCCUAUGGAGAGUCGAAUGUAAAAAAAAAUAGACGUUUCUCUUGCAUUUGUGCUGUGAGCGACCAGAUUACACUUGAGAUUUUAGUCAAUAUGGGGAAGUACUUUGGAAACCUUGCCAAAAUCAAUGGCAUCGUCUUCUUUCGACUUAGCCCGUACGAACAGAAAACCUUCAAGGGAAUAAUUUCUGAAGGUGUACCAAACACGAUACGCCGCAUCCAAGGCAAUAUAUUCCGAAUUGCACCCUUUUUCAUGUUUUCAUACCUGUUGGUAUCUUGGGCCAAUGAGAAGAAUCAUGCUCUUUCUCGCAAGAAUCCCAAGGACUAUGAAAAUGAUACGUGAAAUAUAGGUGAAUAAGUCUCUAGUUAACAAUAUUUAGUUUUUAUUAUGAAAUAAAGAUACCAUUUAAUCUGAUCUUCAGCACUGAAGUAAAAAAUAAAUUAUAGGAAUUAAUA